AUGUCGACGCAAGAUGCAAGCGCCCGAGUAGCAGACUCGUUCAGUAUAUCAGAUACUGAUGAAGCUCAAAAUACCUCGGAAGGUCCACACGAAACAUGUGAGACCCAGAUGAGACUAUUUGCUUGUGUUUUGGGGUCUUCAAUGUUCCUAGCAUGUUCUUUUGGCAUGUCCCAGCUCCUGGCCUUGCUGGGUCUUCAAACCGGGCCGUUGAUGAACUACUACGGGCCCCGAGUCCUGGCUCCCGCUGCUAUGAGCUUUACCGUCCCCAUGUUCUUCUUUCUUGCCGAGUGUGAGGGAUACUGGCAGUUUAUGCUGGCUUUUGGGCUUCUGGGUGGGGUUGGUGCUGCAACUACGUCUACCGUGGCUGUCUCGAUGGUUGCCAAGCUCUUCGAUCGUCGUCACGGCACUGCAAUGGGGUGUGCUCUUGGAGGCGCCUGUCUCGGCGGCGUCAUCUUUCCGAUCUUGCUGCAGCGCACUUUUCCCCAUCUGGGGUGGGAGUGGUCACUGAGAAUUGUGGGCUUCAUAGUCCUUGGUCUGAUGUUUGCUGGCUGGUUGUGUCUGUGUUGGUCGGCGAAGCUGCUAAACCCAACCAUGGCAUCUCAGGCCAAGACAGCAAUGCCGAACUUUACCGCCUUCCAAUCGAAAGAUUUCUUAUUCAUUACCAUUGGUUUUUCCGCUCUGGAAUUUGCCAUGUUCGGGAUCAGCGGCCUCCUCCCUACGUUUUCCUCCAAGGCCGGUUACGGCGAAGAUGUUGGCUUCAUCCUCCCAGCUUUAUCUAAUGGAUGCUCACUUUUUGGUCGAAUUCUUCUUGGAUUUGCAGCUGAUUUCUUAGGCCACUUCAAUGUCCUCGUUUCCAUGAUCCUAGUAACGUCGAUUUUCACUGCAGCGCUUUUCGUUCCCCUGCCCCCCUAUACGCAUUUGCCUCACUCUGGGGGUUUGGUUCUGGCUCAUGGCUUGCCAUGA